UCUCAGGAGUCAGAUCUGAGUGUCUACUUUCAUUUAGGACUAAAGGAGCUGUCUCCUCAUUCUUCCUCAGCGUUAACGUUUGUGUAAAGAAUGACUUGGUUUGCUGGAUCAGUGCUGCUGUUGGUCAUUUUGUGCGUCUCAACUGCAGUGGACAAAGUCACCUUAGAGCUCCGUUACCAACGUGCCACGCUGACUCCUUCCAGAGGCUCGUCUGUCAAACUGUCCUGCAAUGCCGUUUACAACUCCAAACUCUGCGGCCUGCUGCACGUUGUUUGGUGUCAGGAUAGCACCGAGCUGACGGAGCCCAGAAAGUACUUCACCACGGUGAACGAGACGAUCUCCGGCCGCGACAUGAGGCGCAGGCAGGUGGUGACGGAGAUCCUGGACCUGACAUCAAAGGACAGCGGGCGAUAUCAGUGCACUGCUAAAUGUGCAAAGAGUCAAGAGGCCGCAGUGGGAGUGACCAUCACGAUCGAUGUCAAAGAGUGAUCGUCUGACUGCGAGGCGUUCAGAGCGCCGGGCUCUACUUCCUGAAGUCUCCGGUUUGUUUUAUAAGAACAAAAUAAAAGAUUUCAUAAAGGUU